AACAAUUUCAACACCUAUUUUUCUACAGUUGCAAAAAAAAUAAGACGUCAUCUCUCCACUGUCCCAUUUGACCUGUUUAAAUUAGUCAAUUUUGUUAAAUCACGGAAAAAUGAUCAGGAAGUUAAUUUCUCUGUUCCAGUUAUAACUAUUUCUCAGGUCAUUAAGACCAUCAUGAAGAUUAAUCCUCACAAAGCUUCGGGAAUUGACAAAAUCAGUGCCCGUCUUUUACGUAUUGUUGCACCAGUUAUUGCUCCAAGUAUUACUCGAAUAAUCAAUAUGUCGCUCUCCACAGGCAAGUUUCCUUCGCGUUGGAAAACAGCCAUGGUUACACCCUUAUACAAGAAAGGUACUGAAUGCGACCCGAGUAACUAUCGCCCGAUUUCGGUUUUGCCGAUACUGUCCAAGGUCAUCGAGCGUCAUUUUCACGACUCACUAUAUGCUUUCCUCAACGAAAACAACCUUAGCUAUACUAGACAAUCUGGCUUUCGGAGAGGUCAUAGUACUGAAACCACACUUAUUAAGAUCAUCGAUGAACUCUUAUUUAACCUGGACAAAGAUAAGGUAUCCGGUAUGGUACUGAUUGACUACUGUAAAGCGUUUGAUAUGGUUGACCAUGAACUUUUGUUAAAGAAAUUAGAGGUCUAUGGUAUUGUUAACCACGAACUGCAAUGGUGUCAGUCUUACUUACUAAACAGGAAGCAAGUUGUUCGUUUGGGUGGAAAAAUGUCAAGUGAGGUAGUUAUGAAAUACGGGGUCCCUCAAGGCAGUAUUCUGGGUCCGCUGUUCUUCAUAUUAUUCAUCAAUGAUUUACCACUACAUGUAACUUCUCAAAUUGAUCUUUACGCAGAUGACACUACUAUUAUAGACUCUUCCGACUUCAGCAAUAUAUCAAAUUUAGAACUUUCACUAAACAGUUCUGUUAGUGAAGUACAGCAUUGGGCAAACGCAAAUAAGCUUUCGAUUAAUGAGUCCAAGACCAAGGUUCUGCUGAUUACGGGAAAAAGGCUUGCGCCCAGGACUGACGAGAAGCUGAAUGUUACGCUUAAUAAUAAGAUUCUUGAUAGUGUCUAUAGUGCACCCUUAUUGGGUCUUGAUAUUGAUAAGUUACUAUCAUUUGAUGAUCAGAUCGAAAAAGUGUGCAAGAAACUAGCUUCUCGCAUAGCCGUAUUGAGGAAAAUUCGGGUCUAGUUGCCACUUAACCAACGCCUACAAUAUUACAAUGCAAUCAUCCGGCCAGUUAUGAGUUAUGCCAGCACCAUCUGGGGUACUUGCAAUAAGAUCUUACUGAACAGAAUUUUAAAACUUCAGAAACGGGCUGCUAGAACUGUCAUGUUUGCAGAUCGCCAGGCACCUUCAGUAGCUCAAUUUAAUGAAUUAGCAUGGAUUCCUUUUUACGAGCAAUGUAAAAUUGAUAAAUGUGCAUUUUUUUAUAAACGCAUACAUAAUAACUUACCUAGCUAUCUUGGCGACUACAUUAUUUUGAAUAAUGUACGUAACUCGCGUAACACACGUUAUGCUAAUUUUAAUGCCAUUUGCCCUAAAUAUAACAGGGAAACUGAGGGUGGACGCACAUUUCUAGUUACUGCAACUAAACUGUGGAACAGUAUCCCUUUAAACAUCAGAAAGGCGGAUUCGUUAAACUGCUUCAAGAACAAUUUGCGGAGUAACAUUCUCAAAGACCAACAACUUUUACAUCAUUUUAGUAUCUAGAUCUAUUAGCAAAUAUUAUUAACUAUACAUCGAUCUAAUUUAUAGUCAUAGUUUUUAACCUUGUAAAUAGCUUAUAAUAUUGUAUAUAUUUUCAACAUCAGCAUGUAAUUAAUACUAGUUAUGAAUGAGGGCCACAAGUUUAUUAGCCUUGGCUAUUUAGUGCUACCCUCUUUAAAUAAAGCUUUUACUUACUUACUUACUUACUUACUGUCCCCUGGCCGUGGAAAUGACAAUGGUUAGCGUGUUUAAAUAAAAAGUUCUAUCUAUCUAUAGUAAAUGUGUCAAGCUUUACAUUGGGGGAAACUGAAAGACGUUCGAGGAUAAUAAGGAUUAAGGUUCUCACCAAGACCAUCGUUGUGAUGUCACCGAUAAAGAUGCUAACCAACCUGUUGCCGGACAUUUUAACAGUGACAAUGUUCGAUUUAAUAAACAAGCAGGAGUGUUUUAUUAGGUUUAAAGCACGAGCGCGCAGCGCAAGUGGCUUUAGAUCUAAUAAAACACGACCUGCGAGUGUAUUAAACGGCUUCAAACACGACUACAGAUUCAAUAGAUAUACUGCCUUAAUAAUAUUCUUUUUUAUAAAGAAUACUAAUGAGGACACGACUACAAUAGAUACUGCCUUAUUAGUAUUCUUUAUAUAAAGAAUACUAAUUAGGAGUUUUUUAUCAGGUUUAAAGUCACUGCACGUGACAUAUUAUGGUUGACAUGAUUUCCAAUAAGCUUAUGAAUUAUUAAUGAGUGUUUGUAUGUAUGUAUGUAUGUAUGUAUGUAUUUAAUUUCUUUAGAGACGCAAUCUUCAUCAGCUAUACGGCUGGUUUUCAUGAGGGGCGUCUAUUUAGCUAUUUACAAGUAUAUAAAAAUAAAGAAAAAACUAAUCAACCCACUGACCCAAAGAGAAUAUUACCCAGAACAUAAUGUGUAGUUACAAAUGGAAUAGGAUUUAAAAGCAAGAUUCAAAUAAGUCUUUUGAAACAAUGAAUCGAAUGAGCAGAUUUAGCCUCAGCAGAAAGACUAUUCAUGCACAGUACAGCUCCACUAUACCUAAAGCUUUUUUUAAGAAAUUCUUUCUUAGGUUUUGGAAGUGAGAGAUCUGCAUCAUAAUUUCUGAGAUGAUAGUCAUUAUCGUUAUUGCUUCGUGCAGGAAAGAAUUCUCGAAGACAGGGGGCAGUACCAUUAUUAAGAAUGUUGUAUACCAGAACCACUUUAUUAAAUCUAAAUCUGUUUUCGAGAUUUUUCCAUUUAAGCCGUUCAAGGAACUCAGAGGAGUUGGUAUCAUAACUUGCUCCCGUCAACACCCUUGCAGCUCUAUUUUGGAAUCUCUGUAGUUUUCUUUUAGUACAAUUCCGCAAUUAUCCCACAAAGGGGAGCAAUAAUCAAAGUAUGGCAGAAUUAACGCCUUAUAGAUGAUGCGCAGGGAUUCAUUCAAUGGUUUUGUUCGUUUUAAAACUCCUAUCCCUGCACCAACCUGUUUACAGAUUGCAUUAAUGUGAACUUCCCAACUAAGGUAUUCAUCUAACUCAACUCCUAAACAUUUAAAAUAUCUGUACCGUUUUAAUGGCUUAUUCUUAAAGGUCACUAUUUAUCUCCAAUUUUAUUUUUGAUAUUGUACCGGGAUCCUAUGAACAUUAGCUUAGUUUUAGUGAUAUACGGUGUUGCAGUUUGUUAUCCGAGAGCCAUAUCUACUAAUAUUUUUCAAAUCAGAAUUUAAUAGUUCCACCAGUUCAUCAUAAUUAUCAGAGGAGGCAAAUAUCUGCGUAUCAUCAGCAUAUAAACCCGGAGUUGAUUAUUUUAAAUAUUGCGGCAAAUCAUUAAUAUAUGAUAAAAACAUCAAAGGACCGAGAAUAGACCCCUGCAGCACACCACUUUCUAUGGAUUUCCAAGAAGAUAUAUGGUCAUUUACACAGCAAACUUGCUGACGAUCAGUCAAGUAAGAGGUAAACCAAUUCAAUUUAUUUUCACGAAUACCAAACUGGUCUUUCAUUUUUGACAUUAAAAUUUGAUGGUUAAUUGAAUCAAAUGCUUUCUUGAUAUCCAGAGAAACAAGACCAGUUAUUUUACCCUCAUCCAUAUUUUUUAGCCAUUCAUCGCACAUCUGGAGAA